CAGCCAGACCAAGGGCUGCACAUCACUGAGGCAGGGUUUUGGACUAAGGUCUCAGUGGCACUAUGUACAAGGUGGUAGUGCUAUCUCUCUACUUGUCUAUGGCACUCUGGCUCACAGAGGGAGUGCAUUUUGGCAGGAAAGUAUUAAAGACAAAGGCUUCCCGUGGCCUGGCACCUGUUGCUGUGGAGAAACCUCAUGGUGAAGCCCUGCUUAAAGGGGACAGCAGCAAGUGUUUGGUCCAUGGGCUGUCUUUCCUGGAGGGGGCACUAUGGUCUCCAGAGUCAUGCUCAAUGUGUCACUGUCAGAAUGGAGUGGCAAGUUGUCACUCCUUUCCCUGUACUAAGGCUGGUCCACUCAGCCAUCCCUCCCCAGACCACAGAGACAGGGCAUUGACCCAAAACCCAGCUAGGACAGCAGUGAAUUCAGCCAAUGAGGAUGAGGAUGAUGAUGAUGAUGAUGAUGAUGAAGAUGGCGAUCUCAAGGACAAUGACCCAGUAGCUGGACUCCUUCCCACUGCUCCUCCUGCGGAGGGGCGUGGCCUCACAGAGUCCCUUCCCAUUGGGUGCAUGCUGUCCGAGUCUCUGAUUGCAUGCAGAAAGGCUGGCCUUACCUACCUGCCUGUCAUCACGGACCCGAAGAUCAAGGUUCUCUCCUUGUCAAAGAACAAGAUUCGUCACAUCCCUCUGAAUAGCCUGGCUGGGCUGCCCAACCUGGAAUGGCUGGACCUUAGUAAGAACAAACUGAGUGAUUCCUCGCUGACCCAAGAUGUGUUCAAAAAUCUGGGGAACCUAAAGAGGCUGAACUUGGAUGGAAAUUAUUUGACCAAAAUCCCUCCGCUACCACCAUCUCUAGAGGAGCUCAGCAUUAAUGAUAAUAAAAUUAGCACUCUGAGACCACAUAGCUUCAAAGGUUUGUCCAGACUACUGAGGCUGGAGCUGGAAGAUAACCGUCUCCAAGAGGAAGGUAUCUCCUCACUGGCCUUCCGACCCCUCAGGAAGCUCCUCUUCCUCAAACUGGAUGACAACAAACUCCGGACUAUCCCUAUUGGACUGCCCUUGUCUCUGCAGGAGCUGCAUCUCUCUGAGAACAAACUGGAGGCAGUACAGGAGGGGGUCCUGAACCAGACAACCAAGCUGAAGCAGCUGGACCUCAGCCACAACCGUAUCCGGGAUGACCACAUUGUCCCCAGAGCCUUGAUGCAGUUACAAAAACUGGAGGUCCUGGACCUGUCCCACAAUAAGCUGGUCCGUGUGCCACCCCUCCUCCCCCCCACACUGCGGCAACUUUCCCUGCAUUGGAACCAGAUUGAUCGCGUAGUAGGGAAUGUUUUUGGUCACUUGCGGCCAGGUCUGCAGGUCCUUCGCCUGUCCCACAACCAUCUGCGUGAUGAUGGUGUGACUGCAUUCUCCUUCUUGGGGCUAUACCGCUCACUGGUGACACUGCACCUGGACCACAAUCAGCUACAGUCCAUUCCUCCCAGUCUGCCACGCUUCAAAGUCCUGCAGCUGCUGAGACUAGACCACAAUCUCAUCAGGUACAUCCCUCAAAACGCCUUCUGCAAUGUACGUGUCAACAAGGACUCCCCUCUGGUCUCACUUCACCUGGAGGACAACAUCAUCAACCACCAUCUCAUCCCAGCCACAGCCUUCUCCUGCGUCCGGUCCCCUGCAGGCAUCCUGCUGGAGCCUCAGAGCAGCAAGCAGCAAGAGUAGAGCUCCCAC